AUGACCGAUUCAGGUUUAGAAAAAAAAUUAAAUGAAAUUGCUGUGGAAAAUUUUAGAAAAUAUUUAAGAAUUCCAUCUGUUCAACCUAAUGUUAAUUAUGAAGAAUGUGUAAAGUUUUUAACUCAACAGGGAAAAGAAUUAAAUUUGGAUGUGAAAAUUUUCGAAAUAGUUAAAAACAAACCAAUUGUUAUACUAACAAAAAGAGGAACAAAUUCUAGAUUGCCAUCAAUUUUGUUAAAUUCUCAUAUGGAUGUUGUUCCCGUUUUCCCAGAAUUUUGGAAAUAUGGUCCUUUCGAUGCUAAUGUCGAUGAAAAUGGUAAUAUUUAUGGAAGAGGUGCUCAAGACAUGAAAUGUGUUGCCAUACAAUAUUUAGAAGCAUUAAGGAGAUUAAUAAGAAAAAAUGUACAAUUUAAAAGAGAUAUUCAUUUGUCAUUUGUUCCUGAUGAAGAAAUCGGAGGAAUCGAUGGAAUGAAAAAAUUUGUUUACACGAGUGAUUUUACUGAAUUGAAUGUUGGUUUCGCUUUAGAUGAAGGGUAUUCAAGUCCAACAUCAACUGUUUAUGUAUUUAAUGCAGAAAGAAAUAUUUGGCAAAUUGAAUUUAUAUGUUCUGGUUCAGAAGGUCAUGGAUCACUCCUUUUGGAAAAUACGGCAGGAGAAAAAAUGGAAAAAUUAAUAAGUAAAAUAAUGAGUUUUCGACAAACACAAGUUGAAAAGUUAAAAUUAAAUAAUAAUUUGACAAUCGGAGAUGUAACAACGGUUAAUUUAACAAUGUUAAAAGGUGGAGUAGAAGCAAACGUUAUUCCUCCUCGAUUGAGUGCCACAUUUGAUUUUCGUUUAUCAUUAGAUGUUGAUCUUGUUGAUUUUGAAAAUCAAAUUAAAAAAUGGAUAAAAGACUCAGGGGAUGGUAUAGAAAUGAAAUGGAUACAAAAAAAUUCAAGAAUAAAUCCGACAAAAGUUGAUGAAUCAAAUUUAUUUUGGAUGAAAAUAAAAGAACAAUUUGAUUUGAUGAACAUAAAAUACAAAAUAUCCACAUUUCCAGGUGGAACAGAUGGAAGAUACUGCAGAGAAGUGGGAAUACCCGUUAUUGGAUUAUCACCGAUUAUGAACACUCCCGUAUUGUUACACGCUCACGAUGAAUUUCUCAAUAAGGAUAUUUUUAUUAAAGGUAUCGAUAUUUACGAAAAGUUGAUACCUGCAAUUGCAAAUCAAGUUUAA